CGUAUACAGGAAGUGUGCACGCAAGCUACCGAAACCAUAACAUUGUAUGGAACUCUAUCUACACGUCCUUCUAUCGUCUCAUAUCUCACACUUUUACGCGCCGGGUCGUCGUAGCUUAUUUUUUACUUUCGUCCAGUAGUUGCUAAAAAUGUAAAACAUUUGACGUACUGCGUUUUAAAAACAUGUCGCUAGCAUACUGCUGCUGUGUCACUGUGCAACGUGACCAAAAGAUGACGCAAACUGACGAAACUGUCGUAAAAAAUGAGAAUGUGACCCACUGCUCAGCAGCCCCGCCCUCCCCUAAAAAGGAGUCUUAUUUGUGCAUUUUCAUUUAGGAUGCCUCGUCUGGAGGAGUUGGCCAACGUGGCCCUCAGGGUGCCCAGCAUCUUGGCCCUGGACCUGCUCUACAAGUGUGACAUAGACAGCCUAACGGAGCACCUCAAGGCCAAAAACCAAGACAUGCUCUUCAAAUAUAAAUAUGUCAUCUGGAACAUGUACUACCUUGGUCACGUGAUCAACGCGGUGGUGCUGGUGCUGCCAUUGAGACACAUCGUGACGCUCUACCUCCACGUCCUGGCCGCCAUGCUGCUCUACAUGGGCCACCAGAUCUCCAAGGAGUAUAUUCGUGAGGAGAUGCAGUCUGGCUACGAAGGCGCGGUGUACCUCCAUUCUCUGGCCUUCAACAGAUUUGUGUCUGCGCUGACAAGUCAGAUCAUUCUCAGCACGCUGUGUGCCUUCCUGAUGAAGACCAGGAAGCUGUGGCUCUUCUCCGCUCACUUCCUCCCCCUGCUGGCCAGACUGUGCACCGCCGCGCCCUCCACGCUGCUCACGCUCAACGUCCUCUCCUCGGGACUGACGGGGACCGCCGUCGCCGUCUUCCUCCUCGCCAACCUCUUUGUGCCAUACCGCCUCGCCAAGGCCGCGUACUCACAACUGCUUCAGGUCGAGGUGCUGGAGCUGUACAGGCUUCUGGCGGUGGGAAUCUCCCUGUGGAACCAGUUCGCAGUCCCGGUGCUCUUCAGCAUCUUCUGGUUUGUUCUCUUCGUCGUCCACCUGUGCUCCGACGCCAUGUCAGGCUCCGCCUCCACCUUGCACCAGGGCAUCACGUUCUUCCUGCUCACAAGUGUUUCGGAAUGUUGCGCAACACCGUACUCUCUCCUGGGUCUGACCUUCGUGGUUUCCUACCUGGCCCUCGGACUGCUCAACCUGUGCAAGUUCUACCUGGGGGGCUACGCCGCCUUGCAGAACGAGAACGUCAUGCACAGGGGUGUGACCGAGGGCGUGACGCUGCUCCUGCUGGCCCUGCAGACGGGCCUGCUGGAUAUGCAGGCCGCGCAGCGCACCUUCCUCCUCAGCAUCAUCCUCUUCAUUGUGGUCACGUCCACGCUGCAGUCCAUGAUUGAGAUCACCGACCCGGUGAUCCUGGCCCUGGGAGCGUCCCGCAACAGGAGUUUCUGGAGACACUUCUGUGGCCUCAGCAUGUGUCUUCUCCUGCUGGUCUUCCCAGUCUUCAUGGCUUACAAAAUUUCCCAGUUCUUCCACAUGGACUUUUGGCUCCUUAUUUUGGUGUCCAGCUGCGUGCUGACGUCCCUUCAGGUCACGGGCACGCUGCUCGUCUACUCUCUCUUCAUGGCGGAACUCUUCCGCAGCGAGCCCAUCGAGAACCUGGACGAGGUGAUCUACUGGGUCAACGCCGUCAGCCGGGUGCUGGAGUUCAUGGUGGCGCUGUGCGUGGUGGCGUACGGCACCUGGGAGUCCCUGUUUGGCGAGUGGAGCUGGAUGGGCGCCUCCGUCAUCAUCAUCCACUCCUACUUCAACGUCUGGCUGCGGGCGCAGUCGGGCUGGCGGAGCUUCCUGCUGCGACAGGAAGCGGCCAAGAAGAUCAACUCCCUGCCCAGAGCCACGGCGCAGCAGCUGCAGCGGCACGACGACGUCUGCGCCAUCUGCUUCCAGGAGAUGAGCGCCGCCGUCAUCACGUACUGCGGCCACCUUUUCCACGGCAACUGCCUCCGCAAGUGGCUCUACGUGCAGGAGACCUGCCCCAUGUGCCACCAGACGGUCCGGCCCGCCUUGCGGGCCGACCUCGGCCCCACGGACCCGGGUCCUCGGGAGGGGGAACCCAACGUGGACGACGGCGGCGGCGAUGACGCUCCCGCCGAGGAGACAGGUAACAUGGCAACGAACAACUCCGGCGAGGAGACGGUCCGGGGUCCGUGUUUUAGCCCCGGUGGCGACUCGGGUUCAGGACCGUCGGCCCGGACGGAGGACAGCUCCCAGAGUUGCGGGGACAGUGGGGUAAAGGGCACGGAGACGUCAGCGGGGUGCGGUCAGUCCACAGGAGACACCAAUCCCGAUGACGGUCUCCGUGAUGACCGCCACCAGGGGUCCGUCCAAUCAUGUCCAAACGGCACAGAACUUUCAGGACACACCCGCACACGUUCAGAACUGGACUCAGGGAAGCUCUGAGAGACACAAAACCCCUCCACUUCCCACUUUUGGCACCUUUUUUUUAACAUUUUCUCAUCAGUUUUGGCCUUUUUGUCCACAGCUUUUUGCUUUUGUGAAGCUAAGGGUUUGUUUUUUUGCUAGUUAGCAAAAACUGAUUUACACAAAACCCUCUGAAGCAAUUAUUAGGGAUGUCAAAAAAGAUUUUCAAAUGAACCGCGAUUCUUAGUCGAUUAAAAAAUUGUUUAAUACGUCCUAUUCAGCCUUUUUGGCAAAUCAUAUUUUUGAUAUAGAGGAGGGGUGUCAAACUCAUUUUCAUUGGGGGCCACGUCGCAGUAAUGACUGCUUUCAAAGGGCCGAUUUUUUAAAUUUUGGCCUUUUUGUCCACAUACUUCAGCUUUUUCCUUUUGUGAAUCUAAGGUUGUUUUUUUUGUUUUGUUUUUUUGCUAGUUAUCAAAAAACUGAUUUACACAAAACCCUCUGAAGCAAUUAUUAGGGAUGUCAAAACAUUUUUCAUUUUCAGAUGAACCGCGAUUCUUAGUCGAUUAAAUUUUUUUUUAAUAUGUCCUAUUCAGCCUUUUAGGCAAAUCAUAUUUUUGAUAUAAAGGAGGGGUGUCAAAUUCAUUUUCAUUGGGGGCCACGUCGCAGUAAUGGCUGCUUUCAAAGGGCCGCUUUUUUUAAAAUUUUGGCCUUUUUGUCCACAUACUUCAGCUUUUUCCUUUUGUGAAUCUAAGGUUUUGUUGUUUUUUUGCUAGUUAGCAAAAAACUGAUUUACACAAAACCCUCUGAAGCAAUUAUUAGGGAUGUCAAAACAUUUUUUAUUUUCAGAUGAACCGCGAUUCUUAGUCGAUUUAAUUUUUUUUAAAUAUGUCCUAUUUAGCCUUUUAGGCAAAUCAUAUUUUUGAUAUAGAGGAGGGGUGUCAAACUCAUUUUUUUUCAAUUUUGGCCUUUUUGUCCACAUACUUCAGCUUUUUCCUUUUGUGAAUCUAAGGGUUUGUUUUUUUUUUGUUUUUUUUUUGCUAGUUAGCAAAAAACUGAUUUACACAAAACCCUCUAAAGCAAUUAUUAGGGAUGUCAAAACAUUUUUUAUUUUCAAAUGAACCGCGAUUCUUAGUCGAUUAAAUUUUUUUUUUAAUAUGUCCUAUUUAGCCUUUUAGGCAAAUCAUAUUUUUGAUAUAGAGGAGGGGUGUCAAACUCAUUUUCAUUGGGGCCACGUCGCAGUAAUGGCUGCUUUCAAAGGGCCGCUUUUUUAAAAUUUUGGCCUUUUUGUCCACAUACUUCAGCUUUUUCCUUUUGUGAAUCCAAGGUUGUUUUUUUUGUUUUGUUUUUUUUGCUAGAUUUACACAAAACCCUCUGAAGCAAUUAUUAGGGAUGCCAAAAAAAAAUCCACUUUCAAAUGAACCGCGAUUCUUAGUCGAUUACAUUUUUUUUAAUAUGUCCUAUUUAGCCUUUUAGGCAAAUCAUAUUUUUGAUAUAGAGGAGGGGUGUCAAACUCAUUUUCAUUGGGGGGCCACGUCGCAGUAAUGACUGCUUUCAAAGGGCCGCUUUUUUAAAUGUUGGCCUUUUUGUCCACAUACUUCAGCUUUUUCCUUUUGUGAAGCUAAGGGUUUGUUUUUUUGCUAGUUAGCAAAAACUGAUUUACACAAAACCCUCUGAAGCAAUUAUUAGGGAUGUCAAAAAAAAAAAGAUUUUCAAAUGACCCGCAAUUCUUAGUCGAUUAAAUAUUGUUUUAAUAUGUCCUAUUCAGCCUUUUAGGCAAAGCAUAUUUUUGAUAUAGAGGAGGGGUGUCAAACUCAUUUUUUUUCAAUUUUGGCCUUUUUGUCCACAUAC